ACCGUUUCGACCGAGUCACGUGGAAACAUCGGGCGACUGAUUGGCAGGCGGCAAGAUGAGAGAGAAACUCGUGCCACUUGACUGAGGGAGAGGCGAGUCCGUGCGUAAAAACUCAAGUGUACCACGCAGCUGCGCAACACCGGAGGAAGCUGGCUAACAACACAGAUUCCCCUCAAGUGAAAACACUGCCGCACAAACAGCAACGGAGAGAGCAACGGGAAAACUGGUUGUAUGGCACCUCAGUCGUGCGUAAUGAAUCCUGCGCAGGGAUCACCGCCCUCGGCCGCGCCGGGGGAGACCUCUCCAGAGGACCGGGCCGCUGGUGGCAUGGGAACUGACGAGCUGGACCUGUCACCUGUCAGAAGAUGUAAAACCAAAAGCCUAGAUUUACCUUUCAGUGUGGAAUCCCUCAUAUCGGACAGGACGCCGGACAGAAGCCUUCACUCGCCCGCUGGUUCCGUCCGGGUGGAGGAGACGGAGUGUGCGUCACCGAGGGGACUUUAUCGGUUCAAACAGGAGGCGGUGGAGCUCAGUGACAAGGAGACGAGCCCCUGGAGUCAGACUCCCUGCGCAUCCCCUCCAAGACUGCCCAGCCCGCCCCCCUGCAACCUACGGAAACACAAGAACAACAGGAAACCCAGAACUCCCUUCACAACCUCGCAGCUGCUCUCUCUGGAGAGGAAGUUCCGUCAGAAACAGUACCUCUCCAUCGCGGAGAGAGCGGAGUUCUCCAACUCCCUCAGCCUCACAGAGACCCAGGUCAAGAUCUGGUUUCAGAACCGCAGGGCCAAGGCCAAGAGACUGCAGGAGGCCGAGCUGGAGAAGCUCAAGCUGGCCGCGAAGCCGCUGCUGCCGGCCUUCGCCUUCCCUUUCCCCCUGAGCGCACCCAUGGGCGCACCGUCCCUGUACGGGGCCCUGAACGGACCGCGGCCUGGCCUACCUGUCCCGGGACUAUUCAGUGGACCAUAUGGGAUGUACUACUUGUCCUAACCUGCACUAACUUUGAACUGCAUCGUUUGGACAGUUGCCUUAAAAAAUGCCUUCAUAAAUGCCUUCAUACAGCAAAUAACCAGCACUGCAAAAAACAAAACAAACAACAAAAAAAAGUCCAUCCUGUGAGUCAAAAUGUCAGAAAUCUUAUAUUCAGUCUAAUCCGUGAUGAUCUCCGCUACAGAGGAUAAUCCACUGGUGUGAAAAUAUCUGUAGAGCAUGGCUUCAGUUUAAAACUGUCAGGAAACUUUUUGUUAAACGAAUAUGACUUUCAGUAUUAAUGAAACAUGAUAAAAGAUUUCCUUCACGGUCGCUGAUGAGUUAACAUGGUCAUUUUUGCAGUGUAGGUCUCUUCGGUAAAACCAUUUUUCUUUUUUAAUGACGGACUCUCAGUGAGCUCAUUUGUCGGAUUACAGUUUUAGAUUUUAUGUAAUGUCAUCUCUUUUUUUUAUUGCAAUAGAGGUAUUCCGCAAAAAGACGACAAUUAUCAUUCUAACUGAGAAGGUCUGCAGCUUUGGGUUUGAAGCAAUAGCUGUGUGUGACUCACUGAAGUGUCCUUGUGAAAUGUUUAUUUCCAUUCCCGAGGCCUCUGAACAGUUCUCACCUUAAAAGAACAGAUUCUUUUUUCUUUUUUUUUAUAGAAAACACAAAGAAAAACACGAGUAUUCAAACCCACACCAUGAUAUUCACUGAAUGACUUUAAUUGAUUCAUCUCAGACUAAGACUUCCUAAUGUGGCUUGCAGUCACCUCCUGUUUAAGCUGAAGGUGGAAGAAAUAAAUUACAAACAGGUUUGAUUGUGAUAUGGUACCUAAAAUUAUAAUCAGGAGCUGCAGAGGCAGCUCAGAGUCGGUCUCCAUCUGCGACAGCUUGAGAGGAAAAUGCUGAUUAGUGCCUUUUAGUCACAGGUGUAAUAAAAUAAAGUGUCUUCACAAGUUUCUUCUCGAGGUGAAUUAACUGUUACAACAUUAUCACACAGUUCUCUCUUUCUAACUUCUUAAUUUUCACAAGAUUAAAAAAUAUAAAUAAUUUCUAAAAUAAUCCUGAUUUCCUAUAAAAUGUAAAUAUUUUUUUUACAUUCCCUCGAAAGACACUUUUUGCACACGUGUUCACAGAGCUCUUAAAAGUCCGAGACCACGGCUUCAUCAGUCAGUGUAAAUAAAAGUCAUCAACUAUUUUUGCAAACUCUCCAAAUGCUCAGCAUGACCGACAGACUCACAUCGGUCAUUAAUGUACAGUGUAUUUUAUAUCUGAUGGGUGGAAAGGUGUUUUAUACAAUUAUUAAAAAUCUAUUGUGUAAAUUCUGAAAUUUUUCUUGUUUUUCUUUUCACAAAUCCUCCAGCUGCACUGCAUCAUUCUUUUUAAAGUACGACACAUGCAUUUGGUUUGUUUUGUUGUUUUUUUUAAGCCAAACUCUCCAUCAGUAUAACACUGUUCAUCAGCGUCCCAUUUGGUGCACUGUGUCAUUUUCAUU